AUGGAAACAUAUGCAAUUGUACUAGGAGUAAUUGUUUUAGUGUCUGUCGCCGCAGCAAUUAUAGUCUUGUGUUGCUUAUGCAGUUUACGCCAGAAAAAGAAAAGGCCCGCCGCCGUGGGCGCCCCUCGUCCGCCUCCACCUCCUCGCCACGACAUCGAGAGAGGUGAUAAGGCGGUAAGCAAUGGAGCCAAGGAUGGUGGCAUAGUAGUUCUUGGGGCAGGCGCGGCUACUGUCGCCGUCGUCGCCGUUGCCAUUGGCGACGGAUGGGGCGUUGACUUCGGAGGUGGCGAUGAUGGCGGUGGCAGAGAUGGUGGUGGUGGAUGUGGAGGAGGCUGCGGUGGCAGUGGAGGUUGA